CCCAUUAUGGACAAGACCCGUCUUUCCAGCCCUAAUGACAUCAUCAUGACAAGUUCAACAGGCUCGUACCAGCAGGAACCCCUGACUCCACCCAGACCCAACCACCACCACUCUUCUUCCUCUUCCUUAUCCUCCCCAUCUCCCUCCUCAUCCUCCUCUCCCCUCAAGCCCAAUCAGGUCGGCCGGGUCAUCCUGUACGGCGUUCCCAUUGUAUCACUGGUCAUUGAUAACAAUGAGAGACUUUGUCUGGCGCAGAUUUCCAACACACUCCUCAAGAACUACAGUUACAAUGAGAUUCACAAUCGUCGUGUAGCGCUGGGCAUCACCUGUGUCCAGUGCACUCCAGUUCAGUUGGAGAUCCUUCGUCGGGCGGGUGCCAUGCCCAUAUCAUCACGCCGCUGUGGCAUGAUCACUAAACGUGAAGCUGAGCGCCUCUGCAAAUCCUUUCUUGGAGAGAACAUGCCACCAAAACUGCCUGACAACUUUGCCUUCGAUGUGACACACGAGUGUGCCUGGGGUUGCCGUGGUAACUUCAUCCCGGCACGCUACAACAGCUCCAGGGCCAAAUGCAUCAAGUGCUCCUUCUGCAACAUGUACUUCUCCCCAAAUAAGUUCAUUUUUCAUUCCCACCGCACACCAGACGCUAAGUACACCCAACCCGACGCUGCCAACUUUAAUUCCUGGCGACGACACCUCAAACUCAGUGACAAAGUCCCAGCUGAUGAGUUAGUUUAUGCAUGGGAAGACGUCAAAGCUAUGUUCAAUGGAGGCAGCCGCAAGAGAGCGCUGCCUUCUUCAUCUCAUUGUCCUUCUAUGGGUCCUAUGAAGACUCUCCCAGGCUCAGUGGUACCUCACAUGAUGGGAGCUGACCUGGGUGCCCAGAAAAGAGCCCGCUAUGAAGAUGAGGAUGACCUGGACGGAGGCGGUCUGUCUCCCUGUAAGACACCACGUAGCUACCCUGUCAUCCCUGUCCCAAGCAAAGGCUUCGGCAUGCUGCAGAAGUUCCCUCCUACAUCACUUUUCCCUUCACCAUACCCCUUCCCAGCAUUCAGCCUCUGCCAGCAGAAAAAAGAGGAUAGUGAUGUUUCAGCUGGACACAAAGGAGCGGGGUUGUCAGGUCUUUUAUGGCCUGGCCGUAAAGACACUUUUUAUCCACCUUUCUGUAUGUUUUGGCCACCAAGAGCAGCAGGUGGAAUCCCUGUGCCCACAUACCUCCAGCCUCAGCCCAGUGCCCUCUCCUCCCUGGCAGACAACCCCUCUCUCAGGCAGGCCUUUCUGGAUCUCUCAGACCACAGUGAGCCUGCCACUGUAGGUGGCAACGGAAAUGGCAUCAGUGGAACAUUGGCCCCUGGCAGUGGAACCUCCACACCCAGAUCAGGGCUGUUCGACCCUGAGUGCACAACGGUAACCUCUGACCUUCGCCCUGUGACAUCAGAGGGCUGGCUCAAACUGCUGGACACCCCAGCCCUCCAAACCAGGAAGCCGAGCUAUGGCUCUGCCUUCCGCCCUGUCAUCAAGGAUGCAGAGAGCAUUGCCAAGCUCCACAGCAGCAGUGAGGGAGUCACUGGUGCCACGGAUGAAGACAUCGGGGUCGUGGUUGCUGGGUCAGACCGCCACCAGCGGCUAUCGCCCAGCAGCAGCUGUAGUUACGGAAGCGAAAGCGGAGGCGAUGGAGAAGCAGAGGGAGUGGAGAGCGAGGAGGAGGGGGACGUUGAUGUGGAAUCAUCCAAGCAAGAGGAUGAGGAGGAGGAGGGGAUCUUUGCAACCAGGCCACCACAGACUCAAACCAACCUGUACCUCCCUGCACUCGGCGACAGCGCCGGAGAGGAGAGGGGGAAGGAGAGAGGGAGUGGCACAGUGUAUCCCAGUGCCUCCCCUCCCUCCUCCUCGGACCCCAUCCAGCAGGAGUCCCCCAGCCUGCCUGCCUCCCCGCCUGCCAGCCUGCCUCUCUCCAGCUCCACCCCGCCUCACCGAGAGGACCCAUCUUACAAAAACGUCCACAAAAACAGAGAUGAAGGACUACCUGCGUAUGUAACCAAAGACAACUCCAGCAUUUCUGAUGAAAGCAAAGAGCAGAAUAGUUUCUUUGUACCAGAGAGUGAGACGUCGGCACAGGACUACUGGAGGGAGAGCUCAGGUGAUCGAAGCCAAGGUGCUGCCUCUCCUGUGCCGUUAAAGAAGGACGUUGAGAACAUGGAAAAAGAGGAGCUCCAGAAGGUUUUGCUGGAGCAGAUUGACUUCAGGAGGAGACUGGAGCAAGAGUUUCACGCUCUGAAGGGCACCUCACCAUUUCCUGUCUUCCAUAAUUUUCAAGACCAGAUGAAACGAGAGCUCGCCUACAGAGAGGAGAUGGUCCAACAGUUACAGAUGAUUCCCUAUGCAAACAUCAUCAGAAAAGAGAAGAUCAGUUCUCAUCUUAACAAGUAG